AUGUUUGCUGAAAUUGAAAAGUUGCUACUUACCAAUGGAAGUACAGUGAGAAAUUUUGAUGAUAUGCCAAGUGUUCCAGACAAUUAUAUUUCAUCGUCGAACAAUCGAUUGAUAAUGAAAGAAUUAUCGUAUGACAGACUAGCUCUUCAAAGGGAACAUGAUCGUUAUGUGAAGUGUUUAACUGCCGAACAGGAAAGGAUAUAUAAAAUUGUUAUGGAAGUGAUUGAAAAAGGUGAUGGAGGUGUGUUUUUUGUAUAUGGUUAUGGUGGAACUGGAAAGACGUUUCUUUGGAAGACAUUCUCAGCUGCAUUACGAUCAAAAGGUGAAGUUGUAUUGAAUGUUGCAUCCAGUGGAAUUGCUUCACUUUUGCUGGAUGGUGGUAGAACUACUCAUUCAAGGUUUGUAAUUCCAAUCAACAUUAAUGAGAAUUCAAUAUGUUCGAUAGAGCCUAAUACUGAGUUAGGUGAUUUAAUUAAAAGAGCAACAUUGAUUAUUUGGGAUGAAGCACCUAUGACUCACAAGCAUUGUUUCGAGGCUCUUGAUAGAACAAUGAGAGACAUAUCACUUUCCAGUCAACCGAACAUGCAAUCGAAGCCGUUUGGGGGAAAGGUUAUUCUAUUUGGUGGUGAUUUUAGACAAAUUCUUCCGGUCAUCCCUAAAGGUACCAGAACAAUGAUAGUCAAUGUUUCUUUGAAUUCUUCUUAUAUAUGGCGGCACUGUCAAGUACUAAAGCUAACUGAGAAUAUGAGAUUAAGAGUUGGUCGUCAGGAAGCAGAUUUAAAAGAAAUAAAGGAAUUAGGAGAAUGGAUUUUAAAGCUUGGUGAUGGUUUGCUUUGUGAAGAAAAUGAUGGUGAGAUUGAUAUUGAAAUACCAGAUGAUUUACUUAUUCAAGACCAAGUCAAUCCUAUUUCUUCUCUCAUUUCAUUUAUAUAUCCAGACAUGAAUAAGUUUUUGUGGGAUUUAACGUAUUUCCAACAAAGAGCGAUUCUUGCUCCAACUAAUGAAGUAGUGGAUUCAAUAAAUAAAGAGUUGUCAGAGAGUCUGCCCGGUGAAGAAAAGGUUUAUUUUAGUUCAGAUAGUUUAUGCCAAUCGGAGGAAGAAUCAGAGCUUAAUAUGGCAUUGUUUCCUCUUGAUGUGUUAAACAAUCUUCGUUUAUCUGGUUUACCUAACCAUAAAUUAGUACGGAAACUUGGUGCUCCGGUGAUGUUACUCAGAAACAUUGAUCAGGCAAAUGGAUUGUGUAAUGGUACACGUUUACAAGUCACGAAGCUCGGAAAAGUUGUGAUUGAAGCAAAAGUUAUCACAGGGACUAAUAUAGGUCAUCAUACUUUGAUUUCAAGACUGAAGAUGACACCUUCAGAUAAAAGAAUACCAGUGAAGAUUUCUCGAAGACAAUUCCCACUUUCACUGUGUUUUGCUAUGAUAAUAAAUAAAAGUCAAGGACAAUCAUUAGAGCGUGUUGGUUUAUAUCUUCCACGUCCAGUGUUUAGUCAUGGCCAGCUCUAUGUUGCUGUAUCUAGAGUAAAAAGUAGGAAGGGGUUGAAAUUUUUGAUUUGUGAUAAAGAUAAACGAGUCUGUACAACCACUACUACAACCACUACUAAUGUGGUUUACAAAGAAGUUUUACAAAAUCUAUGA